GUUCGUCAAUCAGUUACGCGGUCCGUUGUCGAACGCUUCUCUUCUCUAGCGCUCUUCGUUGCGUCUGCGUUGAUAAAGGAAAAUAAAACCGACCCAUGUAAAUGUAGUUUGCCCUGCUGCAGUCGCCGUUCAUUUCGUUUGCAGACGAUCAUUCCUACUCAGUGACCGAAAUCCGAUCGCAUUCGUCUCGCCCAUCGACGCCGCCGACGUUUAAGUUAACAUAAAUUACCACGCGCGACGCCAUGGCCGACGAUGACACGGCGCACACUAACGGUAACGGGCACGAAGAAAACGGACUUGUGCCGGAAAUCGAACUUAUCAUCAAGGCUUCAACAAUUGACGGUCGCCGAAAAGGAGCAUGUCUGUUUUGUCAAGAAUAUUUUAUGGACCUAUAUCUACUGGCUGAGCUGAAAACCAUCAGUCUUAAAGUGACCACAGUUGAUAUGCAAAAACCUCCUCCAGAUUUUAGGAGUAACUUUGAUGCAAAUCCUCCACCUAUUUUAAUAGACAACGGAAUGGCAGUUUUGGAAAACGAAAAAAUCGAAAGACAUAUCAUGAAAAACAUACCGGGUGGAUACAAUCUAUUUGUGCAGGAUAAAGAAGUGGCUACUCUAAUUGAAAACUUGUACAGUAAACUGAAGCUAAUGCUUUUAAAAAAAGACGAUGUGAGCAUAAACAGUCUUUUAUCUCACUUGCGUAAAAUCAAUUCACACUUGGAAAAGAAAAACACACGGUUUUUAACUGGUGACACAAUGUGUUGCUUCGAUUGUGAGCUGAUGCCCCGUUUGCAACACAUCAGAGUAGCGGGUAAAUAUUUUAUGGACUUUCAAAUGCCAACCGACCUGAGGUAUCUGUGGCGUUAUAUGUUACACAUGUACCAGCUUGACGCAUUCACUCAGAGUUGUCCGGCCGAUCAAGACAUCGUCAACCAUUAUAAACAACAACAGAACGUUAAGAUGAAGAAACACGAGGAACUAGAGACGCCGACUUUUACUACGUCUAUACCUGUUGAACUCGAUUUGCAAGACGAAUAGUACACUAACACAUGAAUUCUUCCUUUUCUGCAGUUGUAUAUUUUAUUAAAGGGAAAAUAUUACUGAUAUUUUAUUAAU